AUGAUACAAAACUAUCAGUAUGCUAUGACUGUUUGUUCUUGGGAUGGAUAUCCUAAUUUGUUUACCACCUUCACAUGCAACCAUAAAUGGUCUGAAAUGGUUGAUUUUUUGAAGACAUAUCAACUUAGGUCAGAGGAUCGACCCGAUUUAGUAAGUCGGUUGUUCAAAAAUAAACUUGACCAUUUAGUAAAAGAUAUCAAGAAAGGAGAUAUUUUUGGCAAGGUUAAAGCAGUGAUCUAUACUAUUGAAUUUCAAAAGCGUGGACUUCUGCAUGCUCACAUAUUGGCUUUCUUGCAACCAAGUUAUAUGUUUGUCUAUCCUUAUGAUAUAGACAAAACAAUAUCCGCCGAGAUUCCAGAUAAAGAUGUAGAUCCUGAGUUGUUUAAGAUUUAUAAUGCUCAUAUUAAUAUGGAGUGGUGCAAUCAAUUGUGGUUUAUAAAGUAUCUUUUUAAAUAUGUCAACAAAGGGCAUGCUCGUGUUACUGUUGGAUUUUACAAGGGUGCUGAUGAUAGAGAUAAUUCUCAGAUUUUUGAUGAAAUAAAGAUGUAUUAUGACUGUAGAUAUUUAUCAGCAUGUGAAGCUGGUUGGAGGAUAUUUGUGUUUGAUAUUAAUUACAGAGAACCAUCAAUUGAAAGGAUGAAUUUUCACCUUGAGGAUGAGCAGUACGUGGUUUUUUCUGACGAUGCUUCAAUUGAACAGGUUAUAAAUAAGCCAUAUAUUGGGAGCACCAAAAUUUUGGCAUGGAUGGAUGCUAACAAAAAAUAUGUUGAAGCACAAAAUCUUACAUACAACGAGUUCCCGACAAAGUUUGUACGGAAAGAAAGCGAUCAUCGAUGGGCUCCACGUUAA